AGCUAAUUAAAAGAGGGGGGGGGGGGGGGGGUGUGUGUGUGUGGAAGAUUUGGAGGUUGCCGCUGCCGUCAUCUCACGCUCCACUGUGGACCAGGAGGGGAGAGUAGAGGGAAGAGGAGGAAGAAAGAGUAGAGACAGACGCGUGGAAGGAGAUUUCUUUUUUACACCACUUUGCCAUGAUUUGAUCUGACAUGGCCACCGCAUAGGAAUCUGGUGCUGCGGCGACCGUCAGCUCGGCGACGAGGAUAAGGGAGACAGAGAGCUGGACAGAGGGAUGUUCAGAGAAACCGAGAGAGGGAUGGCAGUGGAGAAGCCGGGUGUGAAGAGCAGCAGCUCCAUCGUCCCCUGCUUCCUGUUUGUGGAGCUGGUGAUCAUGGCCGGGACGGUGCUGCUGGCUUACUACUUCGAGUACACGGACACCUUCCCCGUGCAUGUCCAGGGCUUCUUCUGCUACGAUAAGACCUUCUCCAAGCCCUACCCGGGUCCGGACGACGCCGGCAAGAUCCCCCCCGUGCUCAUCUACUCGCUCGUCACGGCCAUCCCCACCCUCACGAUUCUUGUCGGAGAGCUGUGCGCCUUCUUCACCAAAGCAGAGGGAACCCAGGAGAAGACCAUUGUCACUGCAGACUGCUGCUACUUCAACCCCCUGCUGAGACGCAUGAUACGCUUUCUAGGUGUCUACGCCUUCGGCCUGUUCACCACCACCAUCUUCGUCAACGCUGGCCAGGUGGUGACAGGAAACCAGACGCCCCACUUCCUGUCCGCCUGCCGGCCAAACUACACUGCGCUGGGCUGCCAGUCCACCAUGCAGUACAUCGCGGAGCGGCGCGCCUGCACAGGCAACCCGCUGAUCGUCAUGUCCGCGCGAAAAUCCUUCCCGUCCAAGGACGCGGCGCUGAGUGUCUACUCUGCCGUGUACACAGUGAUGUACGUGACGCUGGUGUUCAAGACCAAAGGCACGCGGCUGACCAAGCCCACCAUCAGCCUCACCCUGCUCUGCCUGGCCAUGCUGGUAGGCGUGGUCAGGGUGGCCGAGUACCGCAACCACUGGGCCGACGUCCUGGCGGGAUUCUUCACCGGCGGAGCCAUCGCUGUGUUUUUGGUGACCUGCGUGAUCAACAACUUCCAGCAGAUGCUGCCAAGCCCUCCCCCGCUGCGCCCCCAGCGCCCCGAGUCCGUGCUGGGCAUGCAGAUGGUGACGCUGCCCUGUGUGGAGAGUCCACUCGAAAAGUUAAGUGGCCCUCAGACUCCGCGUGGAUCUCCGUUCACCGAUGUCACAUGACCAUCAGCCCUAUCGGUUCCCCGCCACCCCCGAUGUCCUCAUACCGUCUCGCUCCAUUUCCAGCGAAGUCUAGACCAGCCGGAGCAGCACUCGCCGCGCUGCGCCGCCCAUCCGGCCGGGCGGUACGCGACGCUGCACCGCUCCUACUCCACGCAGGUCUAGACCUCUCACGCGAUCCAGCACACACACACACACCAUCCUGCUGCCCUCUCAAACCCCCGGGGAACCGAUAGGCAAACUCUUCAAAGACUUUUCUCUCUGCUAGACAUUCAGCACAGAGUCAGGAACAGCUUCCUUUUUUUUCAUUUUGUAUAAGUCUUUUCUCGGUUGUGUGACGCUCGCUUUCGUCUUCAGUGGCGUGCUCUCUUAAAGGAAAAACACUUCAAACCGUGACUACUGAGAAUGUCCACUGCUUUUUUUUUUAAACAUCAUGAACGAGGUCUCGCCCGUUCGAAGGAGGCUAAACGUGACGGGGAACUCCCCGUGUGACUUCGCCGUCUGCUGUCAGGAGGGGACGUGUUGGACCAAAGAAGCCCUCUGAAGGAUGCGCGUGCUGCUGAGAUUUAAACCCUUCAAAACAAAAAUACCCUACAUCCUUUUAGCAAGCCAUAUACACACACACACACACGCACACACACAAACACACUCGCACAGUAGUGUGAGUAGCAGUGCCCUUGUCAGAUGCGCAUGCGAUUUACACAGAUCAAAGAAUCCAUUUCAUAUCUCUCAGCAGAAGCACCAGACAAUAGCAAACAGGAUGAAAGUACAGACAAGAUCGUCACUUGGCUAUUUUCUUCUUUUUUUCUUCUUCUUCUCUCAGAUGGUUGCAGCUUUGCCCAAAAAAAAAGAAAAAAGAAAGAAAACUGAUGGGAAAUGCAAACACAUUUGAUAAGACAAAGCCGAGCUCCCAACUGCAGGUUGGCAUAUAAAGUGCAUCACAUUCGGGAGCAAAUAUUUGUUCAGUUUUGUAUUCUUCUGAGACGAGGAGCUUUCAUACAAAACACUUCCUGUAAUGCCAACAGACCUUUUUUUUUUAUCUCUCGCACGGCAUCGCUCACACUGAACUGGAGUUUUCUUUCUAGCCGAAUCCUGGUAAAAGACGAUGCGACGAACUGGCCGAGUCGUGUAACUAUUGUGAUUCAUUUCUGAGAUUUUAUCAACAGAUUUAUUUAUUGACAUGUACAUACGGUGUGGUUGCAGUGAACGCUCCAUGUGGCGUGACAGUUUUGCUGACUUUGAUUUGCACACUCCCUGAAAUCCAUGUUUUUGUUUGUUUUUUUUCAUUCACCCUUCUCCCCACACAUCUUUUUUUACAACCUCUGUUUAGCGUGCUGUGAAAUGUUUCCCUCUGCUGGACGACACACACACACGCACACACACACACACAAGAGUAAAGUCCAGUUUCACAGAGCACAUGCGUAUUCAAACACCUUCAAAAGCACACACAUGCACAAUCUCACACACACACACACACCUUAAUCCCCUUUCUAACAUUGAAACCUGCUUGUAUGAUGUUGUACAUCAAUCUUUUUUGUAUUGAGAGUGGGAUUUUUACACAAGCAUCACCAACACUAAGUCUAGAGAUUUUGGGGGGGGGGGGGGGGUAUUGUAUGUAUUGCGAUGAUAGAGAACCGUGCGUAUGAAGGUGCUGAACUGCUCUGGACCAACAGCGGUUUCAAAACACCGGAUGACUCACUCCUUUGGCCUCUGGGCCGAGUUAAAAGUCACGGUCUAUAAGACGCUGUGUGUUCGUUAGGUUAUGAACUCCAAGCCCUUUCUGUUUGGAAUUCUCAUGUGAGCAUAAACGGUGGAUGUGAACCACUUUUCAUGUCAAAUCUCCGGACGCGUUCGCGGUCUCGUGUUCAGCAGACGGCCCAACGUAAAAGUUGACGAAGCUAGCAUACGGUGAGCUAACGGUGAUGCGACAAGUCAAAGCAGCACUAAGUGAGUCAAGCUGUGAACGCAGCACGUCCAGCAGACACGGAGCAACAUGAGCGUUCUUUUGGAGUCAUGUUUCUAUACUCCGGUCCCACCAACUUAUGAGAGCAAUAUCUGGCUCUUUAGCUACUAAAUAAGAGUGCGUUUCGAGCCGCCCUAUUUCUGUCCGAACCAGUCUCGGGUCUGAGAGAGUAGUAACCUAAAGCACUGUGUCACCCUGUCACGCAACUGUUGUUGCCAUGUUUACAGCUCGGUGACGAAAUUAACAAACUCAUAAUUUGUAUGUAUUUUUACACAAUAUUUUCAGUCAAAGGAACCUUGAGCACCACGUCAAUUAGGCCGAACCCGACCCGAGCUCCAUUUGUUAAUGUUAGUCCGAACACCGUGUCGGGUCUCCGCGCUCCGCACUGCGAAAUGCUCCACCGCUUUCAACAACUAUCAGCUAACUUUAUCCGUCUGUCGUUUGGUGCUAAUAAACGUAUCGAUUAACCGCUUUAAGAAAUGUAAUCUAUAAGCUGUGUGGUUUUGUUGGAAGUCUCUGGAGUCCCCACAUUUCUUUUAUAAUCUUGUUAGCGCAAGAUAACGUUAGCUAACACGUCCUGACCAAAAAUCACUUAAUGCUGCUUUAAUAUCCAUGUUGUAUUUUUCUUAGCUGGCCUAAUGUUGCCUUUGUUGACUUUUACAUUUGGCUGUGUGAGCUGAACGGGACAAAAAAAAAGGGAAAAAUUGCAUUCGCGUCCACAAUUAUUAUUAUGUUUUUUAUACGUAAAAAAAAGUUUCGGGACUUCUCUCUGAGCCGGGAAGUUCCUUGUUGUUCUGACAUUUCUACCGAGCCACGACCACAACAAGUGGUUGUAUGUGCAGCACAGCCAUCAAGAGUAUGUGCAGAAUGACCCUCACACAUUAUCCAGCGUCCGAUAAGCUCUGUUCUUGGAAAAGAUUCUACCGAGCGUCUUCAACUUUGACUCGUCAUAAAAACAGUGACCUUCUGGCGAGUCAGCGCACAAAUACCAUGCACCUGCAAAGUUGUGAAUUUGAGUCAGACUCAUGACCUUUGCCGCAUGACGUCCCUUCGUGUCAUAUCCGUCCCGUUUGCUUUCCAGCCCUCAGUGUCCCGAUGAAGCAGAAAUGCCUUAAAAACGAAUCCUAAUGGAAAUCAAACAGAACAUCAAGUCCAUUACAUUGACAGCUUGUAAAUGUGUGUGUUUUCAGUGCGAGCUUCUCAUCCGCGCAAAAAUUCUCAGCAACUCUUGACCAAUUGCAGUCGGUCGGUAUCUGAAUCGGUGUUCACUGUGUGAGCGCUGCUUCGGCACAAGGAAUGCUCCAAUGAGAUGCGAGCACCAAAAAGGGAAAACGCAGUGCAGAAAGAGUCCGAUUUCUCUUCAGGUCAAAAUAACGUUCUCCUCCAGGUUCAAACCGUCAAACACCGCGGCUCUCCUUUCCUCUGAAGUCUGCCGCGACUCAUGUUUUACAUCAAAGAACAAACACGCUGCGGUUGACUGACGUGAAAUUUAAAAAAAAAAAGCUCCUUUCAGAUCUGCAACUCUGAGGGAGAAACACGUUUUCCUUUGAUCCUGUUGCAGCAAACCCUCUGUUUUGUAAAGAUGUGUGUGACGAGAACAAUAAAUGGAUAUUGCAAUAACAAA